CCCAGCCCGUGUAACCCCUCCUCCCCUGCCCUGUGUGCCUGGCUGCGGGGGGGAGAGUAGAGCAGCAGCAUCCCUGAGCAGGGUACCAGCAGCAGCACACAGCCCCCUCCCCGCUGCCGCCUUUGUCUGUCUGGCUGAUGCGCCCCCUCCCCCGGAUCUCUCCUCCAUCCUCUCCGCUGCCGCAAUGGUCCAUGUCCUGGCGGCCGGCAGCCUCUUCUUCCCGGGCCUCUUCCUCCUCUCCAAGGCCGGACUGCGGAGGCUGCGGCUCUUCCGUGGGGAGGAAUCCAACACCGUCAUAGUGUCCGCCAGACUGGUCUCCUCCAUACAAGCUGUGUUGGCAUCUACAGCCGGGUAUAUAGUGGCCUCUUCCUGCAGGGAUGUCAUUGAGGACCGGCACUGGCUGGCUGCCACCUACACCCGCUUUGCUGUUCCAUACUUUAUAUAUGAUGUGUACGCCAUGUACCUCUGCUACUGGCACAAGCAUAAAGUUAAAGGCCACACAGGAGGCUGGACACUCAUCAAGGCCUACCUGCGCAAGGAGUUCCUGAUGGUACUGCACCAUGUCUUCAUGGUGGCCGUCUGCUUUCCUGUUUCCGUGCUCUGGAGAGAAGGGAAGGGGGACUUCUUCUUGGGGUGCAUGCUGAUGGCGGAGAUCAGCACCCCAUUUGUUUGCCUGGGCAAAGUGCUCAUCCAGUACAAGAAGCAGCACACGCUCCUACACCGUGUCAAUGGUGUCCUCAUGCUGGGAACCUUUUUCUGCUGCCGUCUCCUGCUGUUCCCCUACAUGUACUGGGUGUACGGCCAGCGGGUAGGACUACCUCUGUACAGAGUCCCAUUCAACCUUUCUCCAGAGUACAACUUCGGAGCCGCCAUCCUCAUGGCGCCCCAGGUCUACUGGUUUUACCUGAUUUGCCGAAGAGCUUACAGCUUGUUCCAGCAGUCUAGGAUGAGCCAGCGGCCUAAGAACGGACAUCCAGUCCCUGAAAGCCCCUCAGCCAAAGACCAGGACUGCUCACAGUGACAUUUAUCCCCCCCACCCCCCCUUACUUCCUAUGCCCUCACCCAUCUGGAUCCAGAGAGCCUAUCCCUAAAACUGAGACCCAGUGAGGCCGCCGCCGACGCCGCAGCAUUAAAGACUGUGCCUUCUUAAUGGAGGCUAUAAAGGCACCUUGUAAUGCACUGCUUAGGAGGUCCACAGGAGGUCUCUCUUGGAGAGGAGGGAGAGAGAGGUAGGAAGACAUCAUUACCUCUCUGUGUACCCUGACCAGGGUCCCACCCACGACGCAACAGUAUUAUUGAUGCACACACAGCUACCGCUAUGUCAUACUAAAAAUGUAUUCCCUGCAGUGCUCAUGGUGACCACUAAGUGUCACUGUCACUCACCCCCACAGAGGAGUUUCUGCAACACACUCCGGGGCUCAUUUAAGAAGUGGACGCACAAAAUGUUUUUGUUUCUUUUUGUUUCUUUUUUAUGGAAGAUGUAAAUUUUUGCUCUGCGCUUAUGCACCUAAGGGGGGGGGGGGGGGGUCAUUCAGACCUGAUCACACGCUAGCGUUUUUUUUUUGCAGCGCUGCGAUCAGGUCAGAACUGCGCAUGCGUAUGCACCGCAAUGCGCAGGCGCAUCCUACGGGUACAAAGCGGAUCGUUGCUGGGCGAUGGGUUUUUACGAAGAAUCCAUUCGCACAGCGGAUCGCAAGGAGAUUGACAGGAAGAAGGCGUUUGUGGGUGUCAACUGACCGUUUUCUGGGCGUGGUUGGAAAAUCGUAGGGCGUGUCCAAGCAUUUGCAGGGCAGUAAGGGGAGGGGGGGUGGGGUAGCUGUACGCCACGAUGGUGGCUGUCUGCAGCGCUGUAGUAGCUUGACUCCACGCGUACGGACCCCUCCAGCUGAUAGUGCUUACAUUAUUAGCGUCACGGCUACUAUAUAUUACCUUGCGGACGCUUAUUCGUAUUACUUGACAUUUCCGUUUAGACUACUGCAGGUAAAGGAGAUCCCUAUUUUAUUUCGAAAGGGGAAAACUACAUUAUGUUUGUAUUUAAUUAUUUAAUUUGUAUUUAUGUUUUGUAUUUGUGUUUGUAUUUUCGUUACAUUUUAUACUGAGGAUGCGAUUAUUUAUUAGUGUCAGGAUGAAAUUCUCUGCAUUACGUUAUUAUAUUGUGAACGAAUGGGGUAACGCGACUACUAACGCCGUCCAGCCACGUCCCCACACCAUUGCAGCGUUUCACCUUCGCUGUUGUGCAGCGUCUGUACGCGCUUCUUUUCAAGAUGGAUCCAUUGCCAGCUGUAUCCGACGCGGGUACGCUUCAUUUCAUGCGCAUCUUUUGCCAUGUACGUCGGAAGCGCAGUGCGUCCGCCUCUAAAUGAGCCCCCCGGUGUCACGUAGGCCAGUGUUAUUGUGCAAUACACAAUGAGUAGCUAUUUCUCUGUAAACCAAUGCACGCAGUGAUAACCCGCCUGAUCUGAAAUACUUGCAAGCCCACCAUGUAGCCCACAGCCACUGAAGGCCCCUUCUAGUAACACAGAAGAUGGUGCUAGCUUUCAUAUGGGUGCAUUCUGCAGUACUCACAGUGACCACAUGGGGGUGAUGGUGGUACAGCUCUGGUCAUACAACACAAGUAGCUGUUUUACCCUUUUGCAGGGGUUACACAUGAACUUGGGGUGGCUGAAAUAAACCAUUAUCGCAUCCUUCCUUCUGCUCUCUACCUCCCAUUCGUGAUGUGGGUGAGGGGAUAAUGCCCCCUGCAUCCCUCCCUUUAGAUUUUGGGAGAGUUUUGGGCAGCAGCAUGUUAGGAGUUAAGUCUAACUGCCCAGACGCCUACUCUAAAGGAAUGGCUAUUAUAAACUAAGCAAAAAUAAUUGCGCAAAGCUGCACACUUAAGGGUUAAGCAUGGCCAGAUAUUAGCCAAUCAGCAAGCAGCGUUUUCCUUGACCAGAACCUUUGGAACCCCCCCAUAGCUUUGUACGGACAUCUGUGCUUUACACCCCUUGCAGCUAUGUCUAGGCUGUCACUAUAAACCGUUUGGGAGAUGUAUCAAACCUUGGAGAGAGAUAAAGUGGAGAAAGAUAAAGAACCAGACAAUCAGCUCCUGUGGUUUUUCAAACACAGCCUUUAACACGGCAGUUAGGAGCUGACUUGUUGGUACUUUAUCUCUCUCUCUCUCUCUCUCUCUCGAAAGUUUGAUACACUUCCCCCUUAGUAAGAGACCUUUGCUUGUUCGGGUGAAGGUCACAACCUGUUAUUUAUUAAUUUUAAGGCCGUGACUGUCCCCUAUUCACAGCGGAGGCAGCCAUUUUGUUUCCUGGACCAUUUUUCACGAGAGCGCUAACCCCAGAGUGACCUCACUGAGGCACGGGGCACCGUCGAUGUCACCAGCUCUUAGUGAAUCACUAGGCCCAAGUUCCAGCCCAUAUACCAUAUAUGGCUGACUCCUCCGUCAAUAGUUGACACACAGCUGUGUAUUGGUCUCAGAGUAGUGUAUAUAUCGGACCAUCUCUGUUCAGAGGUGAUAAAUAAUUUGAGCAACAAAUGAAAGAUUUGAAUGGUCCAGGUAAGUGUUACUGUAAAUAACAGGAAAGUCCCAAAUUAGAACAAUAACUCACAAAUAAAAUAUAUAUAUAUUUUGUAUAAGUUGCUGCUAUUUCAGGGUUUGCGUAAGGUUCUGAUAAUUUAGCUCAGCCUAUAUAGACACAUAUAUUUCUGUUUAAGUUCCCCCCUUUUACAGUCUCCGCUAGACCCACAGAUGCCCGGUCACUGUUUUAUUUAUGUUAAUUUAUUAAUUUAUUCCACUCUUUUUUUUCUUUUUAAACUGAAUGUAAAUACGUUUCAGCAGAGCGACAUGUUAGUAAAUGUACUGCAAUUUAUAAUACUUGUAAAAAGGUAUUAAAAAGAUUAAACGCAAUCCAAA